GCGGUUUUGGUGAGGCAGCAGAGGGAAACAGAAGAGGCAACGCACACAGCUGACUUUAGAGGUUCCAUGGCCCUAGUUAAUGCCCUUGCUGUCACCUUUUGACUCCUUUGUUUUUUCUACUCUCUCACUCUCUCCUUCCUUCUAUAUAUCCACUUCUAACUAUCCCAUCCUCUCUCAAAUCAACAACAAACUUUCUCUCUCCUUUCUCGUACCUAAAAUUAAACCAUCAAAAAUCAAGAAACACAAGUCUAAAAUUUGAGUGUAGUGAAGAAGAAGAAGAAGAAGAAGAAGAAGUAGCAGAAUUAGGGCAGAUGGGAAGGCCUCCUUGCUGCGACAAAAUUGGUGUGAAGAAGGGCUCAUGGACUCCUGAAGAAGACAUCAUCCUAGUCUCCUAUGUUCAAGAACAUGGCCCAGGAAAUUGGAGGGCAGUUCCUGCUACCACAGGUUUGAGGAGAUGUAGCAAGAGUUGCAGGCUGAGGUGGACUAAUUACCUCCGCCCAGGAAUUAAAAGGGGCAGUUUCACACUUCAAGAAGAGAAGAUGAUUAUUCAACUACAAGCCCUUUUGGGCAACAAAUGGGCUGCCAUAGCUUCGUAUCUCCCAGAAAGAACAGACAACGACAUCAAGAACUACUGGAACACUCAUUUGAAGAAGAAGCUCAAGAAGCUACAAAACGGCUCAAUCGAUCAAUCCAAAGCCAAUAGCAGCAAUAACAACAAUUUAAUCUCCUCGAAAUCACACUCGAUUUCGCGAGGGCAGUGGGAGAAGCGGCUUCAAGAUGAUAUCACCACCGCCAAACAAGCCCUCCACGACGCAUUGUCGUCGGAAAACACCCCCAACGGCGCCGCCGCCGUCUACGCCUCCAGCACUGAAAACAUAGCUAGGCUGCUCAAGAACUGGGUGAAGAGCACGCCGGAUUCCGUGGAAUCCAAGUGCUCGAGCAACGUUUCCACGACCGUCGAUUCAGUCUGCAGCAAGGAGGAAGAUAUGUCUGGGGCGUUCGAGUCCAUUUUCGGCUUCGACAACACUCUAGAAACUUCGAAUUCCGAUGAGUUUUCGAGAUCCGCGUCGCCUAUGGUUGUUGGUGGUGAGAUCAAACAAGAAGAGAAUUCAACUUCUUCUUUGUCGAUGUUGGAGAAUUGGCUGCUGGAUUUUGAAGUGAAGGAUUAUUUGACUAAUGUCUCAUUUGAUGAGGGUUUAGUUUAGUUUAGUUUUUGGAUUAUUUACAGAAUUAUUUAUUUGGAGGUGGAAAAUUUUUAUUCUUGGUUAUUUAAUUAAUCAUGCCCCUAACACUACACAAGCACUUCAUCUUAAUUCUGAUUUAGUUGUUUUGCUAUAUCGAUGUAAAUUCUGUAUUUUUUGCUGUGUUCAUUAAAUGAAAGUAAGGUCCCUAUCCAUUUCUUGCAA